AUGGCCUCGUCAUCUUCCACCCCCAAUACCCAUCAUACACCAAACAUCUCCCUCCCAACACUCAGCUGCGAAUUCUGCCGCCGCCGCAAAAUCAAAUGCGACAAACUGGACCCAUGCACGAACUGUCAAAGGGCUGGCGUCAAAUGCGAGUCUAUUCGACGCAAACGGUUACCUAGAGGUCGACAUAUUACCAAAUCAACUGCUAGUAGUAGGAGGAGGAGGAGUAGUAGUAGUCGCGAUGCAUUGAGGGAGAAGAUUGAUAGACUUGAGGCGCUUGUUAAUGUUGCGCUGAGUGAAUCUGCGGGGAAGGAUGGUUCUGGUUCUUCGCCGGCGAUGAGAGGGAGUGCCGUGAUGGAUAAGGAGAUUUCUAGUGAUCCUUUACAGGGUGCUAAUGGGUUCAGGCCUAAACCGAUGGUGUCGCAGUUCUGGGCUAAUGUGAUUAAUGAGAUUCGAGAGUCUCGGGGAUUAGCGAGUGAGGAUACGGAAGAUGAUGAGGAGGAGGAGGAUGAUGAGGAUGAGGAUGAGGAGCAUUCCGAGCAGCAGCAGGAAAGAGCGCAUUUGCGCCCGGAAAGGCAUCGAACUUAUUCGCCGUUUAUGGGGUUGUCGUUAGCACGAUUGGGACAUGCCCUGCCGCAUUCAUUAUUGAUGCGACCAUCUCCAGCUGUCACAACUACGCUGUGUGAUAUUUAUCUGGACCAAUUCGACCGUAUUAUUAAGAUAUUGCAUCGGCCUUCGUUGAAACGACACUUUUCUGACGGAAUCCCAUAUUCAAUCUCAAAGAGUUCUCGUGAAGCUGAGAAUGCGCUUGAUAUGGCUGUCUUUUAUGCAGCGGUUACAAGUAUGACGGAUCGUCAAUGUCGAGAUUUAUUCCAAUGCGGUCGAAUAGACGUUUUACCAGAGUAUCAAACGGCGUGUGAGAUGGCGCUGGAGAGGGUUGAUUUGAUGCGGACUACUGAUAUGAUGGUUCUUCAGGCUUUUGUUAUUUACCUGGCCGCUACUCGUACUCAUGAUAAGACCCGCGCUGUCUGGACAUUACUAGCAACAGCAGUUCGGGUCGCUCAAGCGCUCAACCUGCACGUCGAAUCCCUGGGCCCAUCAGAAACAUUCUUCAACCAACAGAUGCGGAAACGACUCUGGUUCACAAUGUGUCUACUAGACGUACAAACAUGUUUUGAUCCUGACUCGCAGCCCCUGAUUCCCAUAGAAAUGACACAAUUCACCCUCCCACGGAAUGUGAAUGACUCGGAUUUCAACGUCUCGUUUACAGGCGCUGGUCUUCCCGAACGUGACGAUGUGACAGAUUUAACUUUCGCGCUCAUAACCUACAAUCUGCAAGCAUGUACACGACGACUAUAUUAUAUCCCUCGCGGCGAGUACGCCGCUCGUGAAGAGGUCCUGAACCACUUCAAGGAUAAAGUCUUACCACUUACCCGACACUGCAAUCCAGACGAGAGCAAUUACUCCUGGCUCAUUUACUGGUCAUCUCAAAACCUGGUCUCAUCUACACAGCUGAUCUUCAGACGAGCUACUCAAACAAGUACUUCGCCUCAGUCCACCUGUUUACUUGAACACUGUCUCAAAAAUCUGGAAAAUAUCCCUCGUAUACAUGGCGAUGUUCGUGGGGAAGGGUUUAGGUGGUAUAUUAGCCCUCAAUGGCCAUUGAUCCUUCUUGCUAUUAAGGAAUGUUUCGUGACCACUGACGUGACACUCCUGAAACGUGCGUGGCCGUUGAUGGAAGACGUCGUGGGCCAUUAUCGGAAUAAGCAAACGGAUCCCGGUACGAGGUCCAAGAAGGCUAUGUUGAAGAAAUUGAUGAAGAGGGCGAGGAGGAGAGUUGAUGCGCUUAUUCAGUCUGCUGAUGCCGUUGCUGCAGAGGAGGUUACGGAAAAUAUGGAGGGAGUUGUGGAGGAGCAACAGCAGCAGCAGAUGGAUUUGUUUAUGAAUGUUUCGUGGGAUGAUUUAUUGGACGAUUUUCAGUCGAUUACAGAGUUUCCGUAUGGGGAUUUGAUUGAUUGGACUGUUUGAUUAAGAUAAAAGCUGGGAUUUUACUAUUUACAUGAAAAUAUCACCUUACCUAUGUUCGUGAAGUAGUAGCAUUCUGCUUUAGGGCUGAUGCUACUCUCUAUGAUGCGAUGGAGAGGAGUUCGGAAUGUGGGUGAGCAUGGAUAGCCAUUCUUCCACCAGCUGGGACCAACUAUGUUUGUCAGAUGAUAGCGAAGUGUCUUGCUUUCAAC